UCUAAACUGACAGAAACGAGACGCUGAAGAGGAGGCGGCGCAUGCGCAGUGUGUGAGCCGUGUCUGGGUGUGUGUGUGUGUUUGUGUCUCGGCGCGGAGGCGAACAUGGCCGGCACGGCGCUCAAGCGGCUCAUGGCGGAGUACAAACAGCUGACCCUGAACCCACCAGAGGGCAUCGUCGCAGGUCCUGCCAACGAGGAGAACUUCUUUGAAUGGGAGGCUCUGAUCAUGGGUCCUCAGGACACGUGUUUUGAAGGCGGUGUGUUUCCUGCAGUCCUCAGUUUUCCGUCAGACUACCCGCUCAGUCCGCCCAAGAUGAGGUUCACCUGCGACAUGUUUCACCCCAACAUCUACCCGGACGGCCGGGUGUGUAUCUCCAUCCUGCACGCCCCGGGGGACGACCCCAUGGGCUACGAGAGCAGCGCCGAGCGGUGGAGCCCGGUGCAGAGCGUGGAGAAGAUCCUGCUGUCUGUGGUCAGCAUGCUGGCAGAGCCUAACGAUGAGAGCGGGGCGAACGUCGACGCCUCCAAGAUGUGGCGUGAGGACCGGGAGCAGUUCUACCAGCUCGCCCAGAAGAUCGUACGCAAGUCCCUGGGCCUGUAGAGAUGAUGUCAUCACCAUGCGACGGCACAUAGCACUGUGUGUGUGUGCGUGUGUGUUCACCAGCAGACACACACAUAGACUUUCCCCCCUUUCUCUCUCUCUCUCUUUCUCUCUCUCUCCAAGAGGACGUCAUGCUCACUCGACCACAGAUCCAUUUACAAUCUGUGGAGGUUUGGCUGUCCAGCUUAUGCCUCGCUGUCACACACACACACACACUCACACACACACACACACACAAGGACUGGACAGACUGAUGGACUUGAACGUUGAAGGAACCAGGUUCUCCUGUGGUUCCUGGUGGUUCUGCAGGCUGAUGUCGUGGGGUUGAUGCUGCUGACAGGCCGCGUCCCCGUUCCACCUUUUAUGUGUUUUAAUGAACCUUUUCUCCUUUCUGACGCUCGCAUGGCGUGUCAGCCUGAGCCGGCACAGUCACUGUUUCAGUGUGUUAGUGACACGGCUCACAGGGUGUACAGGAGCUAACCUGUACACCCUGUGAGCCCCCCCGCAGCCCCCUCUCACUCCCCCCGCAGCGCCCCCCCAGACCUUCAAAAUAAAACAAUAUAUAGAUGAAUAAUUCAUUCAUUUAUUUGACUUUUUUUUAUCUUUGACAAAAUUUUAAAUCAUUUCAAGGUUAAAAACAAUCAGUAAAACUGCAGCAGGUUAAUAACAGGAUGAUCUCAGCCUCAGUUAUCAGAUUAUCCCCCCUCCCCUCCCUCCCUCCCUCUCUGAUGAAGCGUCAGGUCAGAGUGUAAACAGUGUGUGUGUGUGUGUGUGUGUGAAGGAGGUUUGGACGUUCUGACAGGAAGCUGGCAGCUGGUUGGCGACAUCGAGGUGUUUUUUGUUUUGUUUUUGUUUUUUUAUUCAGUGGAUGGAGCCUUGGCCUGUGAUGCACUUUACCUGCAGAGGAGCUAGGGGGCGCUGCAGGAGGUCUCCUCCUCCUCCUCCUCCUCCUCCACUGGACACGAGCUUUUAGUUUGUCUGUUGAUCUGACAAAAACACACCCAAUAAAUUCAAUGAAAUCACC